AUGUUGGUGGAAUCAGCAAUGGAGUCCGCACCCUGUGGCGACCGGCACUUCAGCUCCACAGACACGCCGACGGUGACGUGCACGCGUCCAUCUCACGCGACUUCUACCAUCUCCAUGGAGAAGUUGUGGCGCCUGACGGAUCCACACGCCGCGCCGCCCGCCGCAGUUGCCGUCGCAGAUGGCCAUGCGUCGAAGGCAUUGAAUGUGUCCGCGGAGGAGGUGCGCCGCGGUCUGCCACGCAGACUCUCUGUUCUUAGCCUCGACACCGCUGCCGAGUCGUUGGAUGACUGCAGUGAUCAUGCAGAGCUACACAAAGGCGCCACGGCAGCCUCUGCGGAAGAGGAGGAAGCGGAGGACGUGUGCAUCCCGUACGACUACGAAUCGGAGAUGGAGGAGUGCAGUCAGUAUACCUUUAGCAACGCACCAUACAGCCCGUCCACGACGGCGGCGCUGGCGGCCGCGACGUCACCGCCGAUAGACGCGACGACAUCUUCUUGGAGACGGCCGGAUACACCGCGGAUCCCUUCCAUGCUGUCUCUGCCCAGCAGUGCUGUCCGGAGUCCGGAGCAGGAGCCGCUGAGUCCACAGUGGUGCGAGCGCCAGCGCCGCGAUAACGCCUCGCACCACGCUGGCGAGCACUAUGCCUGGCAGCAGGGGAUGAGGCAUACAACCGCCUCGGCACCCUCGCAUAUGCGCUACGGUCUUCGUUCUCUCGUGCGAGAGGCGUGUUGCCGCGAAAUUCAAGCUCUGCGCUCGAGGCCCGCCGUCACGUUUGUGGAGAUGGCUGCGCCUCAGUCGACGAGCCGUACUCGCUCCUCGAUGCGUGCGUCGUGCAUGCUGGCCUCGGCCACAUCGACGGCGCAGCGUAAGGCCCGCUACAUCCAGAUCGUCAAGGAGCAUUGGAAGACGCUGGAGGAACGGCUCGAGGAGCUGUUGGCGGAGACAGAGAAGGAGAGCGCGGUGGCUAGCGAGUCGCACUUGCGCUCUGUGGGCUACGCCCUCAAUGCCCUAUCCCUCUUCAGCAAUGACCCGCAGCUCAUCAUCCGUGAGUUAAACAUGGGGCAUGUCGAGGAGCAGCGCCGCCAGCGGCACGAUCGCGAAGCGCAGUUACUCAUGACACUCGAGUCGCAGGGGCGGCUCUUCUUGUUGCCCACCCUAUACGCGGAGGAGGUCGAGGAGCCGGUGCCGGUUCUGCACAUCGAGUCCGUGUUGACCCCGAGCGAGAAGAUUGCUGAGUACACGCACCCGUGGCAGCUGCUGACGCCCGAUGCGUCUCUCUACUCGCCGUCACCAAGCCCCACGCCGGACGAGUCCAUCGGUGCCAUCUCCCCGUGCUCGUCGGGCUGCAUCUCUGCUACAUGCUCCCCCAUGCUUGCCUCACAGCCCCCCUCAGUUGCGUCCACUCGGCUAAAAUUCAGCCGCCGCGACGUCUGGAAGGACAUGCAGCCGCCGCGGCUGCCUCUUCUGGACCUUUUCCUGACGGCUCCGGCUGUGGUGCCGUCCACCGUCGUGGCAAACAGCGAAGUCGGCGUGCCGUACGUCAUGCCGGUGGACCCCACCUAUGCGCAGCACGAGCUGAACCGUCAGGAGGCCCUCACUCAUGUCACCAUGGCCGACCCUCUGUCCUCCCCGCAGCUUUCCGGUGCCAUAGUGCGAGGCGGCAGCGCACCUGCUCGCUCCUCGGAUGACCACCGGCAUCCGAUGCUGCUCGACGGUACGGAAGACAUCUGGGGCGCGUACCUGGAGAGGGACGUGUUCGACUUCGCGGAAACGAUCAAGAUGGGCGAUGCAGAGGUGCUCUUGUUCAGCUUCGAAAUGAACGAGGCGGUCACUGCAGCGGGGCCUGCGGCAGCGACGCGAGCGACUCUGACGGAUGGCUGA